AUGGGGGCCCACGCGACCGAGGCGAAGCUUUGCAUCCGAGGAAUAAACCUGCAACGGAUGCUUGCGACACGCUGGCCGGUACUGAAGCUGCUGGCGGACCUGCAAAAGCCAGCGGCCUUGGCCUACGAGUCAUCUUGCAGCAGAUUGCAGCAUCCCUCGCUAAACUGGGACCUCUGGCUGGAGCAGGACGGGGCAGAGCAGAGCAUAGGGGCGGUGGCCGGGGGCGGGCUGCACUUCGUGUGUUCGGUACAGGUGACUGCAUAUGCUGAAGUUGCAGCCUCCUGGCUCCAGGGCGACUUUGAGGACAGGGCAGGUUGUCCUCGGGUUGAUCCGCCAGCAAUCCUGGACACUGCUACCGCGGAAGCAAACGGUGUUGUUUGGAAAUCUUCAUCGGGUGCGAUUGCAGAAGGUCGAAGCAUAGCUGAGUGGACCGCUAUGUGUCCGCUCGGAAUCCUGGCAGCUUAUGCUGUGCGGGCAGCUGGCCUGGUUCUUGGUCAUGUGGAUGUGUACCGGAUCGUCCAGCGCGCGAUCGAGACGGCAGAGUCCGCGAUGGCCUCAUUGGAAGGAAUCUUGGAGUCGCCCUGGCCGAUCUUCAAGGCGGGUUUUGCAUGCGAUGAGAAGCUUGACAUCAUUGGCCAGCUUUCACCCGCAUGCCUCAUGAAGAGAACCUUCCACGAUCUGCAGCUCUCUCCGGAGGACUUGGAGGUUAGUGGCGCCGCUAUGCGCUCGAAUGUCUGGACGCGUACCGCGAAAACACUGCGGAGCGCUGCUGAGCGCAGCCAGAGGGCACACGGCACAUCCGUGGUGGUGCUGACAGGUUUGCCACAUCAGAGAGUGGGUCACCUUUUGGACCUGUUCAAGCAUGCCGACAAGAUGGGCUACUUGGCUCCUCUCGUCAUUGUGCCGCUCGAGCCGAAUGUCACGGAGUCAUGCUCCAAGAUUGUAGAAGUCUACGCGGCGCGGUCUACGAUGCCAGAGGAUUGGUCUCCCUGUCUGCCAUUUCUGUCGCGAUUUCAGCAGAGGGCCCAGUAUCUCUCCAUUUACACGGGGCUCCAGCUUGAUUUGCCGGUGUUGUGGUUCGAUUUCCAUGUGGUCUUCCUUGAAGACCCCUUUCACUGGCUGCCCUCGGCAGCUCUCGGCCAACUGGACCCUCCCAGAUAUCGGGAGUCUUGUCAGCACUUUUGCCUUGCUCCUGGCAAAGCGGACCUGUAUUUGGCGGAUGAGUUGUAUGCAGCCUUCUUGGUGAAGCCCACCCUGAUCUUCAUCAGGCCGACUGAGGCAUCUGUCGCAUGGCUGCGGACCUUUCUUCUUUGGCUUUGCACCUUCCCCUUUGCACAUGAGGCACGAGGUCUUCAGUUCAUGGUCUUUCCGGACCGCCAAGACGUGGUGCCCUCCGUGUCAAUGCUGCCGCCUGCCGAGGCACAGGGCCCAAGCGAAGAACGAAAUAUGGCCGGUCAAGGUCUG